AUUGAUUCCAACUACUCCCUCGUUUAUCUCGAAUUUCUGCGAAUUAUUUCCGUCCUGUGACGUUGAUUUCAACCUUCGCACAAACAGGGCAGGUAAACCCUAAGGCCUCAUUCCCAAAGGAGUGGGGAAAGCGAGUUUGUGGUCCCUCCGACCUGUUAGGGCAAGAGCUUCAGAAUUUCUCAAUUUCAGCCCGCCAACCCACGUCCCGUCGUCGAAACCGUCACUCACCACCCAAGUCGCCGAGAUGGUUCGAUACGCUGCCACCGAGAUCCAGCCCGCGAAGUCGGCCCGCGCCCGCGGUGCCUACCUCCGAGUGUCCUUCAAGAACACCCGCGAGACCGCCCAGGCCAUCAACGGCUGGAAGCUUCAGCGCGCUGUUACCUUCCUCGAGAACGUCAAGGAGCACAAGGAGGCCGUCCCCAUGCGACGAUACGCCGGCAGCACUGGCCGCACCGCCCAAGGCAAGCAGUUCGGUGUCUCCAAGGCUCGAUGGCCCAUCAAGUCCGCCGAGUUCCUCCUCGGUCUCCUCAAGAACGCUGAGGCCAACGCUGAUGCCAAGGGCCUCGACACCGGUGCCCUCGUUGUCAAGCACAUCCAGGUCAACCAGGCCCCCAAGCAGCGACGAAGGACAUACCGUGCUCACGGUCGUAUCAACCCUUACAUGUCCAACCCCUGCCACAUCGAGCUCAUCCUGACCGAGGCUGAGGAGGUUGUCCAGAAGUCCGAUGCUGUUGCCGAGCGUGAGCACCUCAGCUCGCGCCAGCGUGGUGCUCGCCUCCGCAAGGCUAUCACCUCUGCUUAAGCCAAUCAACAACCUUCUUCUCAAAUAGACAAAAUUUAAGCGCUGGUUGAAAACUGGGUUUACGUCGGGCAUCUUCUGUGUUGUAACUGUGACUCUUGACAAGUCUCUUGAACAAAGAGACACAACACCAAGAUUACAAACAAAACUCGAUCAAUUGUUCUAGGGUUUCUGCGAGGGUGGUUCGUGGCUUUUCAUCUCCUGGUGUAUGGCAGGCUACGGUAAGCAUGGCAUUAAAGGGAAACGCAUGCAAAAAUUCGCAAGGUUUUCUUGACGAAAUAAAAUCUUUCAAGUCCUCCUAAG